AUGCCCAUCAGAUCGGUGCGCAGAACAAGAACGCCACUUCAAAAGAACCUUCUCCGAUGCUGGGAUUUAAGUGCCGGCUAUUUCAAGUGGUUCGUUCAAGUGCCAAUCCUAAUAACUGUGAUGGCCAACUUUAUUCUUUUUAUCAACAUUAUCAGAGUCCUAGCCACAAAACUCCGGGAAACAAACGCCGGGAGAUGUGAUACGAGACAACAAUACAGGAAGCUCCUGAAAUCCACCCUGGUCCUCAUGCCUUUGUUUGGAGUUCACUAUAUAGUUUUCAUGGCCGUGCCAUACACAGAAGUGACAGGGAUCCUCUGGCAAAUCCAGAUGCACUAUGAAAUACUCUUCAAUUCUUUCCAGGGAUUUUUUGUGUCCAUCAUCUAUUGCUUUUGCAAUGGGGAGGUUCAAGCAGAAAUCAAGAAGUCCUGGAGCAGAUGGACAUUAGCGCUUGACUUCAAAAGGAAAGCCCGCAGCGGCAGCACCACCUACAGCUACGGGCCCAUGGUUUCCCACACCAGCGUCACAAACGUCACCACGAGAGGGGGGAUCGCCCUUCAUCUCAACACAAGACUCUUUCUGGGGAACCUCAACGGACACCGGAAUUUACCCGGAUACGUCAAGAAUGGCUCCAUUUCCGAAAACUCCAUGCCUUCUUCCGUGCCGGAACAGUAUAACAAAGAAGAGGAGUACCUUAACGGUUCGGGACUCUUCAACGGAGACAGGCCGACGGCGCUUGUCGAGGAGGAAAAAGAGACAGUGAUGUAAAUUUCCCCCCC